AUGAAUCUUAAAUUGUUACUGAUUUUAUUGUUUGCCUUGUGCGGACCAUCGGUUACAGAUUGUGCGAAGAGAUAUGCAUCUCAUUACGAGUACAAAGAAAAAAUUUAUUAUUUUGAAACUUUCUACAAGGCUACAUGGUUCAAGGCCUUUAUGGCCUGCAGUAAAAUGGGCAUGGAAUUGUUGAGCAUUGAUUCUGAUGAGGAGUUCGAUAAAAUACACGAGAUCGUCAAGGAUAAAUUUGAAUAUAAGCCUGAGCUGUCAAUCUGGACGUCGGGGGCGAUGAAGGAAAUAGGUCAAUUCGGUUGGAUUAAUACCGGAAAUCCGGUUAAUGUAUCGAAAUGGUGGUCGAACACACCGGACAAUAAUGGUGGAAACGAGUUCUGCAUACACAUUUGGUUUAAUAGCAAACUGUUCCUGUUAAACGAUAUUCGCUGCACAUUUUUAUCGUACUACAUAUGCCAAUCGAGAAAAGAUUAA